AUGGGGGAAUGGACCAUCUUGGAGAGGCUGCUGGAAGCCGCGGUGCAGCAGCACUCCACUAUGAUCGGGAGGAUCCUGUUGACUGUGGUGGUGAUCUUCCGGAUCCUCAUUGUGGCCAUUGUGGGGGAGACGGUGUACGAUGAUGAGCAGACCAUGUUUGUGUGCAACACCCUGCAGCCCGGCUGUAACCAGGCCUGCUAUGACCGCGCCUUCCCUAUCUCCCACAUUCGUUACUGGGUCUUCCAGAUCAUAAUGGUGUGUACCCCCAGUCUCUGCUUCAUCACCUACUCUGUGCACCAGUCUGCUAAGCAGCGAGAACGCCGCUACUCUACAGUCUUCCUAGCCCUGGACAGGGAACCCCCUGAGUCCAUGGGAGGUCCUGGAGGAACUGUGAGUGGAGUCAGUGGUGGUGGCAAACGAGAAGAUAAGAAGUUGCAAAAUGCCAUUGUCAACGGGGUGCUGCAGAACACAGAGAACACCAGCAAGGAGACAGAGCCCGAUUGUUUAGAGGUUAAGGAGCUGACCCCACACCCAUCAGGGCUGCGCACUGCAGCGCGAUCCAAGCUCCGAAGGCAGGAAGGCAUCUCCCGCUUCUAUAUUAUCCAAGUGGUGUUCAGAAAUGCCCUGGAGAUUGGGUUUCUGGUGGGCCAAUACUUUCUCUAUGGCUUCAGUGUCCCAGGGUUGUAUGAGUGUGACCGUUACCCCUGCAUCAAGGAAGUGGAAUGUUAUGUGUCCCGGCCUACCGAGAAGACUGUCUUUCUAGUGUUCAUGUUUGCUGUGAGUGGCAUCUGUGUUGUGCUCAACCUGGCUGAACUCAACCACCUAGGAUGGCGCAAGAUCAAGCUGGCUGUGCGAGGGGCCCAGGCCAAGAGGAAGUCCGUCUAUGAGAUCCGCAACAAGGACCUGCCCCGAGUCAGUGUUCCCAAUUUUGGCAGGACUCAGUCCAGUGACUCCGCCUAUGUGUGA